AUGUAUAUAAUAACAGCUGGAGUGGGAACCGAAGAAGUAGCCUUCCCUUUUAAUGAUAACUCACAUUCCCACUUCAGACUAAGUGGUCAGGGAUGCUCACCCCACGAUGGGACCUGCUGCUAUGCACAGCCGCUACUCGUCCCACCGAGUCCCGCACGCCGGGACCUUGCCACCCUCGGAGCUGUCCCUGACAAUGACAACCCCUCGGUCUAUGAAGUCUCGGAGAAUGUCAUUCAUCAUCGUUUGGAAGGUGGCAGGAGAGUUGCACAGUCCAAAGAACAUUACCAUUGGCUCAAACAACCCUCGGUUAGUGGCAAAGGCAGCUGUCCACUCAUCCCCUUCUUUGAUGCAGAUGUUGUUGAAUCCCCAUCUCAGAUCGAGGGCUGA